UGAACGAUUAGCGAUAGUAGCCAAAUAUUUAGGUAGCUUGUACAUAUGUAGGAACAUGCUGCUAGUGACGUUUAUGUCACCAGCCACAAAACACCUGACAUUUGGUGCGUUAGUUCGUAAAUUUGUGUAUUCAACCACCGGCAACAAAAUCUAGAGUAAAUUAAAAUUAAACAACAAGUGCAACAUUAUUACAUAAAUAGAUUAAUUUGAAAUUUCGUGUGAAUUCCUGCAAAAAUGUUGUUCCCGGCGUUGUCCGCUACUUUGCGCACUGGCCUGUGGGGCGCUGACGCGCGCUUCGUUCGUAGUCAAGGAUGGGGAAACGCAACGGAGCGACUCCGGUUGUCACUGUCAGCGCAAUCGUCCGUCAUGAGCACUCCGGCAUGUUCGUCCCCGCGUACUUACGCCACCGAACAGGGCGUACAAAAAUCCCUUACCAUCAACAACAUGAAUCCGCAGAUCAAGAUCAUGGAGUACGCGGUCCGUGGUCCUUUGGUCGCACGUGCUGGUGAAAUUGAAAAGGAACUUGAAAAGGGUGCGAGUAAACCCUUUAAUGAAGUCAUUAAAGCCAACAUCGGUGAUUGCCAUGCUAUGGGCCAAGUGCCCAUCAGCUUCAUCCGCCAGGUGCUGGCGCUUUGCACCAUGCCCGAGUUGCUGGACGACCCACGAUACAACGAAGACGUAAAGGAACGCGCACGUACCAUCCUCAAGGGGUGCCGUGGCGGUUCGGUUGGUUCCUACACCGAUUCCACCGGUAUUGAAAUUGUUCGAAAACACGUCGCUGAGUACAUUGAAAGGCGUGAUGGCAUUCCAUGUGAUUAUCAGAAUGUAAUUCUUAGCGGAGGUGCUAGUGAUGGUAUCAAAAACAUUUUGAAGUUGUUGAUCAACCCAAAGAACGACAAACCUGUUGGUGUGAUGAUUCCCAUUCCGCAGUACCCUCUGUACUCAGCGUCUCUAUCUGAAUUCAAACUUGAACAAGUUGGUUAUUAUUUGGAUGAAUCAAGGGGUUGGGGAUUGGACACUUCUGAAUUGAAGCGAUCGAUUUCUGAAGCGAGACAAAAAUUCGACGUGAAAUGUUUGGUGGUAAUUAACCCAGGCAACCCAACUGGUCAAGUUUUGUCCAGGGAAAAUAUCGAGGAAAUUAUUAAGUUUGCAUAUGAGAACAAUCUCUUCCUCUUGGCUGAUGAAGUAUAUCAAGACAAUGUGUAUGCACAAGGCUCACAAUUCCAUUCAUUCAAGAAAGUCUUAAUUGAAAUGGGCGCACCCUACUCUAAAAUGGAACUAGCCAGUUUCAUGUCCUGUUCAAAGGGCUACAUGGGUGAGUGUGGUCUACGUGGAGGCUACGUUGAGGUGAUCAACAUGGACCCUGAAGUUAAGGCCAUGUACCUUAAAGCUAUUAGUGCCAUGCUCUGCCCAACUGUACUUGGACAGGCUACAAUUGAUUGCGUUGUUAAUCCACCUAAAAAGGGUGAACCUAGUUAUGAAUUGUUCAUGAAGGAGAAGAGUAGUGUAUUGGAUUCGCUCAAAUUGCGUGCUAAGAUGGUGGAAGAUUCCUUCAACGCAAUGGAAGGUUUCAGUUGCAAUACUGUUCAAGGUGCCAUGUACGCAUUCCCGCAGUUCAAAUUAUCUGAUAAGGCUAUCGAGGCAGCCAAGAAGGCAAACAAAGCCCCUGAUGCAUUCUACGCUUUUGAACUACUGGAAAACACAGGUAUUUGUAUUGUUCCCGGAUCCGGUUUCGGCCAGAAACCAGGAACCUGGCAUUUCCGUACUACGAUUCUGCCCCAACCCGAUAAAUUGAAGAUUAUGUUAGAGAAGUUCAAGAAUUUCCACGCCGAAUUCAUGAAGAAGUACAAGUAAAUUUGACCCAAAUAAAUUGUCACAAGUUUUAAAAUUUAAUCUAAAAGAAAAUCAUGGAACUCUGAUUAUACAAAUAAAUUAUUUAUAUUAAAAUAUA